AGGCUAUUAUGUGUGGGCUAAUUGAGCGUUGCAGAUGGGGAUGCAGGCUCCAUCUCUUGCCCUUUCUCCCUUUCUCUCCUCCGCUCGUUCUACUGUUCUGUGACUUGCCUCAUAAGAGACAUCCAUCGACAAUUCGAUAUACCUACCUACCUACCUGGGUCUUAGGUAGGUAUCCUCCGCACAGAUGCACGAUACAUGCUGUCAGAGACGCAGCGAGUGUGUAGAGUGUAAAAGGGUUUCAGCGCUUGAUGAAACCACUUUCCCUUAAUAAUCAACGUAUCGUCAACUCCGACUUUGCAUUGCCGUUUAGGGAAAGCCGCUCAGCAGGUAUUCCCCGACGCAGAUCUUUCUGCAUGUCGGGUUAUAAAAGGCGGCAGAGUUGAGAGGUCGGCGGAGGGGACUGGACGGACUGGAUAGACUGGAGGGAUGAAAAGGUGGAUGAGGUGGCAACGAGCGAAAUCGCGUGCGCGCGAAUGAUAGAAUUGCAAGGGCAGAGGCGGUCAAGAACUAGGCGGCAUGUAGGCGACAUGCAAAGCUCACCCAGCACCAGACCCAGCACCAGCACCAGCAGCAUCAAGACCACUCUCUGUUCGAAUCAUGGUUCGCGGAACAAGCUCGUCACACCUAGGAUUGCGCGUCGCCAAGAGCUCUCUGCAGGUGAAUAGAUGGAUAGAUUGAACCAGAUAUUCCAGAUAUUUCAGAUAUUCACUCAUUG